AUGUUGAAGCGAGGUAAAUUGUACGCAUUGGAUAAUGUACCCAGUACAGAUUCCUUAAGAGCAGCUCAAGCCAUCUUUAAAAAACACAGUAACGAUCUAUCGUCUCUAUAUUAUGCGUCUUCUACUUCAAUAAGAAUUACAGUUACAGACGAACCUCUGUUAAGUAAGAUACAUGACAGAGACGCCAAAUUGGCUGCCAUGACGGCCGUGGCAACAACCAAUUCAAUAGAUACCGAUGAUAACGAUAACGACAGUACUCAUUCCUUAAUGAUGGAUCCUCCCAUUCCACUGACAAAUUAUAAAUCUACUUCGAAUUCGUCCUCUGUAUCGUUGGUAUCGGUGUCAUCAUCUAGAGGCAGUAUUAUUAAUAAUACUAGUAAUGAUGCAAUAAAGAAAGCUCAUUCAGCACAUCGGAUAAUAACACCACAUUCACCUGUGGCAGCAGCCAAAGCAGCUGCAUAUAUUGUGAAUGAGUCAAUGCAUUCGCCUCCUGACAAAUUAUAUUCUUAUUCAAAUGAUGGUAUAUCAAAUGUCUCAUUAAAUGAAUUAGAUCAUUCUCUACAAAUGAUGAAUUUAUUGGAUGUUCCGGGAGCAAAAUAUCAUUAUUCUUCAAAAUUACAACAUGUUAAGGAUAAAUUCCAUAAGAAAAUACAUAUUAAGCAUAAUUCAGUGGAUUAUCGUGAUAAUAAAUUACUACCAACUAAAAAAUCAAAUAAAUUGAAGAAAACGUUACGUAAUGAUAAUAAUUCAUCUGAAACCACUAAAGAUGAUAUAUAUGAAGUACAAUAUGAUAGCAGUGAAGAUGAAAAUGAUAUCCUUGAUGAUGAUUAUAAAGAAAAUGAUAUAUUAACUCAUUUUAAGAAAAAAAAUAAUUCCUCCGAUAAAUUGUCAAGGAAUUCCCCUGAAUAUUUUAAAUAUCAUGACGAUAACUCGCAAGAACAUCAUAAAUAUAGAAAAGUUAUGAAAAGAACAUAUAAGACAUCAACAAAAAAAUUUAAAAAGACACUAAAUUUAUCACCUACCUCAAAAUAUGGUAACUCAGAUAAAACUAAAAAAAAUAAGAAAAAAUGUUUCAAUGAGGAUAAACCAUGGAAGGCUCAUAGAGAUGUCAAUUUUAUUAAUUUCGAUGAACGUAGAAGGUAUGAAGCAAUGUGGAUGUCUAAUAGAUUUAGAUAUUUAACAACAUUACAUUGGUGGCCUCCAACAGAUAAUGCUGAUAUUUUAUUGCCCCAGGACGGGCUCAUCUUAGCUUUAGUUGUUCAAAAAAUUUGGAAACGAUCAAACUUAUCGAAUGCAUUGCUGGCCAAUAUAUUUGAUUUAGUUGAUUGUCGAAAGGAUGGAACUUUAGAUAGAAGAUCAUUUAUUGUGGGAAUGUGGUUAGUGGAUCAAUGUCUAUAUGGUCGAAAAUUACCACCCACUGUACCACAAGAGGUUUGGAAUAGUGUUGAUAGAUUUGCAGUGAACGUUGCAAUGAAUGACAAAAUUAACCUUAAAACCAAGAAGAAAAUAUUCAAGAAAGAUGUCAAAAUGAUCAAAAAAACUAGAUCGACGCCUUAA